GCGGGGAAAGGAGGAGGGGCUGCGGCUGAGGCAGCAGAGCGGGGAGAGGAGGAGGCUGAGGGAAGCAGCAACAGGGAGCCCCGUCCUCGGGGUGCCCCUGAACGGCGCCAGGCCUCCCCUCCGCGAAGAUGUUCUCCGUGAGGGUGGUGACCGCAGACUACUACAUGAGUCGCCCGCUGCCCGGCCUGGACCCCUGCCACUCCCGCUUCAGGGAGGCCCCCGCCAAGAAGGUGCCCGUCGCCAGAGUCUUCGGCGCCACGCCGGCAGGUCAAAAAACCUGUCUCCACUUACAUGGCAUUUUUCCUUACCUGUAUGUGCCGUAUGAUGGUUUUGGACAGCUGCCAGAGAAUUAUCUACGUCAUUUUGCAUUCAGCAUUGAUCGAGCACUCAAUGUUGCUUUGGGAAAUCCAUCCUCUUCUGUUCAGCAUGUUUUCAAAGUGUCAUUAGUCCAUGGAACACCUUUUUAUGGUUAUCAUGAAAAAGAAAGGCAGUUUAUGAAGAUCUAUCUGUACAAUCCUGCUAUGGUAAAAAGAGUAUGUGAGCUUCUACAAGGUGGAGCCAUAAUGAAUAAAAUUUACCAACCCCAUGAAGCCCAUAUUCCCUAUCUUCUCCAGCUCUUUAUUGAUUACAAUUUGUAUGGAAUGAAUUUAAUAAAUCUGGCCGCUGUCAAAUUUAGAAAGGCAAAGAAAAAAGGUGAUGCAUUUGAAGAAAUUGGAUGUUCUAAAGAAAAUUUAUCAGGACAUAUUGUUGCUGGGACCCUACAACGAUGGGAAGAUAAUCAAAUACCAAGUUCUUUGAUACUGGAUGGUAUUGAACGACAGAGUACCUGUGAAUUGGAAGUGGAUGCAGUGGCUGCCGAUAUUUUAAAUAGAUUGGAUAUUGAAGUCCAGAUUGGUCGUAACCCAGGUUUGCAAGCAAUAUGGGAAGAUGAGAAACAGCGGCGUAGAGACAACAAAGAGUCCUCACAAAUUAGUCCUCCUAAUUCACAAGAUCGUGGAUGUGUGAUCACAACAGAAAGUGAAAAAAUCUUUCAGAAGAGGCUGAAAGAAAUUCUCAAGCAAAGUGAUCUCUCAGUGACAUUAUCUGGAUCAGUGGACUACAGUGAUGGAUUACAGGAGUGCUCUACUGAGUUGACGCUACAUUCGGACCUUCAUUCUCCGGUAGUUGUUUCUUGUUCACCAGCAAACAUGGUUGAAGUACACAGAGAUACAGAGCCUAACAAAGAGGAGUCCAGUAGCAAAUAUGAAGAGGAGAAUGCACUUAUUAAUGAAGAAGCCAUUUUGAAUAUCAUGGAAAACAGUCAGCAUUUUCAACCAUCAUCUCAGAAAUUUAAUAAUACUCCAGUGCUCAUGGAUAGUAGUGUUGAUCAAGCUAUCAUAAAUCUUCUGGCUGGGUUGGAGGAUGAUGGAUAUGAAAUUGGAAGACCAAGUACAUUCUCACAACAUUUUUCUUCUGGAAGCUGUCAGAAUCCUCAAAACAGUGAUGAUGAAGAAAAUGAACCACGAAUUGAAAAGGAAGAAUUGGAACUCAGUUUGCUAAUGUCUCAGCGAUGGGACACCAGCCCUACUGAUGUCAGUGGAAAGAGGAGGUCAGUGAGCAGAAGUAAGAAUCAGAGCUCAAGUGAAGAUGACAACUCUUCAGAAGAUGAUAUGGACUGGAAUGAUAACAGUUUGCUUCUAGCAAGCCUAUCUAUACCUCAGUUAGAUGGAACAGCAGACGAAAACAGUGACAAUCCUCUGAAUAAUGAAGGUUCUCGAACCCACACCUCUGUAAUUGCAACAAGCAAAACUUCAGUAAAGACUUCAGUUUUCCAUAAAGAUGCUGCUAUUCUCGAACCUUCAUCUUCUGCAAAGAUUACUCUUCAGUGUAAACACACAAGUGCCCUUUCUUCUCAUAUUUUGAACAGUGAUGAUCAGCCAAACAUGAUGGACAUAAGACCUGAAGUGGCAGUUCAUUCUCUUACAAAAGAAAGUACUUACAAUAUUAAAUAUCCAACAUCUUUCAACAAUAUCCUUCAUUCUGAAAAUUCAGUCAAGGAAAAUAAUAAAAGUGAAAUACUUCCAGUUUUGUGCGAUGAUAUCUCCUCAGUAAGCAGACACUUGUCUAACAGAAAAUACACUGGAAUUAGGAAGGUUUCAAAGGAUGUCUCUCUGCAUAUGAACCACCAAAUUAGUGAAAAUACUGUAGUUAAAAAUUCUAGGUUUUCAGAUUUGGGGCACUCCAAAGUAGCAUCCUCUGAAACAAAUAAAAACACCAGUGGCACACAUAUAAGUAGUGUUUUCCCAGAACCAGUAAACUGUGAAUCUGUGUCUUGCUUUGAAGCUCAUUCAACUAUCAUUCAUCCUUCUGAAAAUACUACUGAUGGAGACAGCCUUAGUAAUCUUAAAAUUAGAUAUGAAGAAUUUCAGGAACAUAAAGCUGAAAAAGCAAACAUGAAUCAACAAGCACCACAUUACAUGUUCUUUCCUAGUGUUGUUCUUUCCAAUUGUCUCAGCCAACCACAGAAAUUAGGUCCUGUUACAUAUAAGCUGCAGCAAAGUAAAAAACGGUCUAGGUUGAAACUAGGUAAGAAGAAAGUGCUUCUUAGUAAUCGACCGUCUACAAACAUUUGUGAUAAUCCAUCCUCAAAAGAGAGCUGCUAUAUACAAGGUAAUGCUAGUAAUAAUGUUCCUGACAAAGACAGUUCAUUACCGAAUGAUAAUGAAGUCCAAGUUCCUCAUGGUGCUUUUGAAAACAAAAUUUCAAUGGACAGUAGUAGUUGCACUGAUUGCCAUUUUGAAGAUGGUGCUCAAGAAUCUGAUCAAACUUUUGGGCUGUGUGGAAGUAAGUACACACUCAGAGCUAAACGUAAGAUAAAUUAUGAGACUGAAGACAGUGAAUCCAGCUUUGGUGCACACCAUUCAAAAAUUAGCCUACCUCAUUCUGUGGAAAAUAAUGAAAGUAUAGAUGGAUCAAAAAAAUGUCGAAAAAGAAGAAAACUUUCUAAGAAAUUGCCACCUGUUAUCAUAAAAUAUAUUAUUAUUAAUAGGUUCAGAGGGAGGAAGAAUAUGCUUGUUAAACUAGGGAAAAUAGAUUCUAGUGAAGAACAAGUCAUACUUACAGAAGAAAAAAUAAAUCUAUAUAAGAAACUUGCACCUUUAAAGGACUUUUGGCCAAAGGUUCCUGAUUCACCUGCAACCAAAUAUCCUAUUUAUCCAUUAACACCAAAGAAAGGUCAGAAAAGGAAGGCAAAAUGCAAGUCUACAAAGAAAAAAUUUGGGAAAUUGCAGAAUAUCAGUAGUAAAAAUAUUAAAAGAACCCUGUAUUUCAGAAGAAGACCACAUGCUUUUCUUUCUCCCCCUCUGCCAUCAUACAGUGCAGAAGCUGAAGACUGUGACUUGAACUAUAGUGAUGUUAUGUCUAAAUUAGGAUUUUUGUCAGAGAGAAGUGCAAGUCCAGUUAAUGUAUCCCCACCACGCUGCUGGUCUCCCACUGACCCAAAUGCAGAAGAAAUUGUGGCCAAUCUGAAAAAAGAAACUUUGGUAUUUAAAAACGCUAAUAUGUAUAGCAGUAAGAUUAUUAGUCCCUACAUGGGAAAAAAUAAUCAGUCAAAAACCCAGGUCAAGAGAUGUAAAAAGCAAUUUGCUACCACUACUACUAAAACUAAUAAAAAGAGCAAAAGUAAUCUGACUAAUAAACCAGGAAGUGAAGUGAAGAAAAAGCCUAGAGCAAAGCAGAAACAAAAAAUGGAAAAAGUGUCAAAAACAGUAGCAAUUACAGAUGAAGAAAGUGCUGUUCCUUCUGCAGCAGAAUUCAAACUUGUGCCAAAGCCCUUUGAUGUACCUGAGAGUGUUCACAUCUUAGGAAACUCACAGCCUCCUUAUACCCAGAAAGAGAUCCCUUCAGUUGGCUGUUUGGCAGGCCAUGUACCAUCAGUACAGCUCACACUGACAGCUAAUUCACAAGUAAAUCCAUUGAUUUAUUUCCAUUCACUCUUGGAAAAUGAAAAGCCUGCCAGACAACAAGGUUCCACCCUGGCACAAGAGGAUCUUCAUCCAGCUAGAACUUCGAUAGCAUCUGGAAGGGAAAAAGCCAAAAUUAAUCUCCAAAGAGCUAACAAUCAAAGUGGGAUAUUUAGAACAAAAGAAUCCUCCUUAAUUCAAAAUAGUGUAUUUGAUCAGUCUAAUCAUAUAUCUCAAAUAACACUGAAUGCAUAUGGAGCUAAGGAUAUAAUGCCCAAAAAGGCAGAAGAGGUUCCAAAUUUGCAAAGCAAUUUUUUAUCCUCUUUUGGAAAAAUAAAUGAAAACUGCAUUCCUUCUGAUACAAUGAAGACUGAUCAGAUCCAUCUUGGUAACUUUUUGCAUUGUAAAGAUAAUCAGCAGCCAGUUGUAUACCUGUCAGAAGCAGCAAAACACGCUGACCAUAUUUCUUCUUUUUUUAAAACUUCUGAGGAAGGCCAUGGUUCUUUUCAGUUGCCAAAAAAAUGCUUUCUAGCUUCUUUGAGAAGUCCAGUGAAAAAACUAGGAUGGGAACAAAAGCAGAGGGGAUUUAUUUUGGAUAUGUCACAUUUUAACCUUGAAAAAAGUAUGAAACAAAAUGGACUUUCAGAAACAACCUCUCAAGCCAAAUCUGAUGCCCAUUGCAAAGGCAAGACUCUGGUACCUCCUUCAGCAUUCAGUGAAGGACAUUCUGGCUUAGCUGUUCUAAAAGAAUUACUUCAAAAGAGACAGCAGAGAGUGCAUACCAACAACAUGCAGGAACAAUUAUCAGCUAAAACUCAGUUGAGCCGAGGUGCUUCUUAUCCUCCUGAUCAAAGCAAACCAGUUAAAAAAUCACGUUCAGUUGCAUCCCCAAGAAAACCACGUUCUCCAAGGGAUAAAAAAUCUAAAGAAAAGACAUUCAAGCUUUUGAAAGAUGCUAUGAGCCAACCGAAUAAUAAAACUGGCCUGGCUACACCUGUCAGUAGUCCAGUUCUUUAUUCAGACCCAGGUUUUGAAAGUUGUUACUCACUUGAAGACAGCUUAUCACCUGAUCAUAAUUACAAUUUUGAUAUCAAUGCCAUAGGGCAGACUGGAUUUUGUAGUUUAUACUCUGUGAAUCAGUUUGUCCCAGCAGAUCAAAAUUUGCCACAGAAGUUUCUGAGUGAUGCAGCUCAGGACCAUUUCCCAGGCCAGGUUGCAGAAAGCGAACUUUUAGGUCAUAACAACAAACUGUCUAGGGAAGAAAAUCAUUAUUCUUCAGACCCCUCAACAUGGUUACGAUCUGGCCCACUAAGUCCUCAACUUUUUGACAAAAGGUGCCUGGAUAACAAUGAAAAUCAUCUCCACAGUCAAUGGAAAAAUAAUAUAUUUCCAUCACCAUCUCAACCUAGUUCACCUGUAGAUAUGCAACUAGCAGAAAUGUGCCAAAAGGAGCAAUUUCAGUUGGACAGAAAUGCAGCAAAGAAGGGGAUUUUUCUUAAUCUUCCAUCACCAAACAAUGAUUGGAAUCAAAGCCACUUUAGAAAGGAGACCACUUCUGACCCCAGUCAAUCACUUGACUCAGCUAGUUUAUCUUUUUCCUCCAUUCUAUCUUCACCAGAUGGUGAACUUAUGGAUGCAGCUUCUGAAGAUUUAGAGUUGUAUAUUUCAAGAAACAAUGAAGGUUUAACACCAACCCCUGAUAGUUCACCAAGAUCUACUAAUUCCCCUUCACAGUCAAAAAAUGGAAGUUCUACACCUCGUGGUGCGCGCAUCCUUAAACCUCUUAUGUCACCUCCAAGCCGUGAAGAAAUAAUGUCAACUUUAUUGGAUCAUAAUCUUGCAGAAACCAUUUAUCAAGAACCAUUUUGCAGUAACCCUUCUGAUGCCCCGGAAAAACCAAGAGAGAUUGGAGGAAGGCUACUUACUGUAGAAACCAGACUUCCACAUGAUCUGCUUGAGUUUGAGGGAGACUUCUCAUUGGAGGGGUUAAGGCUAUGGAAGACAGCAUUUUUGGCCAUGGCACAAAGCCCUAGAUCAGGAUCUCCACUACGAAACAGCCAGUGUGCUGCAGACAAAAAACAAAAAAACAGCCGUAAAACUAGCGAUGACAAAAAAAUAGUAAUCAUGCCCUGCAAAUGUGCACCAAGUUACCAACAAGUUAAAUCAUGGCUUCAGGCCAAAGAAGAUUAUGAUCACUUAAGAAAAAGAACUAUUAUGAAAUCAACAGAGAUAGGAAAGCCUGGUGAGAGUUUGAAUCGCAUAUCUUUGCCUAAAAAUCAUUAUCACAUGGCCAAAUCAGAUGAGGAUUCUAGCAAACCUGUUGUACAGUUGGAAGAUGUUCAUUUUUCAUCAUCAAGUUCUACACCACCACAGAAUAUGGUAAAUGAUGAUACAGAGAUCACUGAACAGGAUAAGAGUGCAGUAAAAAGAAAGAAAGAGCCACUUGUUGCUACAGCAGUACAGAUGGACAGAGAUGAGGAGGACUUGGUUAAUUAUAGUCCCCCUGAGUCACCAGUGCUUCCUCCUUGGCAACAAGUAGCAUCCCCAGAUUCCAAACCGCCUAGCUCAGAAGACUCAGAGGGCAUGUUGUCUUCUUCAGAAGAAACUGAAAUUCUACCUGAGAGAGAAAAGAAACGUAUCAGAAAAAAAAGUAAGAUGCCCUUCAGUGUCUCUCCACUGGUGAACAAAGAAUAUGAUGGGAAUUCUGAAAGUAUUUGCCUGCAUAGUACACCCAUUAGGGAGAUGCUAUCACAAGGAAGAAUACCAGAAGGACUUGGAGGUUCUUCAUUGCUACCAGGACCAAGCAUCCAGAAAUUGAAUUGCAGGAGAGGAAAUAAUGUAGAUGCUCUUCGAAAAGUACUUUUAACAACUCAAGUUAAGAAUCAAUUCACUGCUAUAACUACCCCAAAGAAAGAGACCUCCCAGAUUGAAGGACCAUCCUUAAACAAUUCGUAUGGUUUUAAAAUCAGUAUGCAAAAUCUCCAGGAAGCAAAGACUUUACAUGAGGUUCAACAUCUUACUCUCCUCAGUCUAGAGUUACAUGCUCGAACAAGAAGGGAUUUGGAAGCAGACCCUGAAUUUGAUCCUAUCUGUGCUUUAUUCUACUGCAUCUCCUCAGAUACAUCAUUGCCAAAUACUGACAAAAUGGAAAUCACUGGUGCUAUAGUGAUUGAUAAAGACAGAACAAGAGCAAUCUCAAGCCAAGGUAACAGAGAACAUGCCCCUUUACUUACAAGAUCUGGUAUAUCUGGAUUGGAAGUCAAAUAUACUACUGAUGAAAGAGCACUUUUCCAGGAAGUAGUGAACAUUGUAAAAAGGUAUGAUCCAGAUAUUUUACUAGGCUAUGAAGUCCAAAUGCAUUCUUGGGGAUACCUCUUACAAAGAGCUGCUGCUCUAGGUGUUGAUUUAUGCCAGAUGAUCUCUCGCAUUCCUGAUGAUAAGAAAGAAAACAGAUUUGCUUCAGAUCAAGAUGAAUAUGGAUCCGAUACAAUGAGUGAGAUAAAUAUUGUAGGACGUGUCGUACUAAAUAUCUGGAGAAUUAUGAGACAUGAGGUGGCUCUAACUAACUAUACCUUUGAAAAUGUGGGCUUCCAUAUACUCCAUCAACGGUUUCCACUGUUUACCCCUCGUGUUCUUUCUGAUUGGUUUGAUAACAAGGCAGACAUCUAUAGGUGGAAAAUGGUUGAUUAUUACAUUAGCCGUGUCCAUGGGAAUGUCCAGCUGUUAGAACACUUAGAUUUGAUUGGAAGAACAAGUGAAAUGGCAAGGCUGUUUGGAAUUCAGUUCUUGCAUGUAUUAACAAGGGGGUCACAGUACCGUGUGGAGUCAAUGAUGUUACGUAUUGCUAAACCAAUGAAUUACAUUGCUGUGACACCCAGCAUCCAGCAGCGAGCUCAGCAGAGGGCUCCUCAGUGCAUUCCUCUCAUAAUGGAACCAGAAUCCCGUUUUUACAGUAAUGCUGUCCUUGUACUAGAUUUUCAAUCUUUAUAUCCAUCUAUAGUUAUAGCGUACAACUACUGUUUUUCCACAUGCUUGGGGCAUGUUGAGAACCUGGGGAAAUAUGAUGAAUUUAAAUUUGGUUGCACAUCUCUGAGAGUAUCUCCUGAUUUACUGUAUCAGCUUCGGCAUGAUAUCACAGUAUCACCUAGUGGAAUUGCUUUUGUUAAGCCCACAGUAAGAAAGGGUGUAUUGCCAAGAAUGCUGGAAGAAAUUCUGAAGACUAGAAUAAUGGUGAAGCAGUCUAUGAAAUCUUAUAAGCAUGACAAAGCUAUCAGUCGAAUGCUUGAGGCACGCCAACUUGGCCUUAAACUUAUAGCAAAUGUCACAUUUGGUUAUACUUCUGCUAAUUUUUCUGGAAGGAUGCCAUGCAUAGAGAUUGGCGAUAGCAUUGUGCACAAAGCCAGAGAGACUUUGGAACGAGCAAUAAAACUGGUGAAUGAUACAAAAAAGUGGGGAGCACGGGUUGUGUAUGGGGACACAGACAGCAUGUUUGUACUACUGAAAGGAGCUACCAAGGAACAGUCUUUUAAGAUUGGCCAAGAAAUUGCAGAUGCUGUAACCGCAACAAAUCCUAAACCGGUGAAACUGAAGUUUGAAAAAGUCUAUUUGCCUUGUAUUCUACAAACCAAGAAAAGAUAUGUUGGUUACAUGUAUGAAACUCUGGACCAGAAGGACCCCGUGUUUGAUGCAAAAGGCAUAGAAACUGUUAGACGAGAUUCAUGCCCUGCUGUUUCAAAGAUACUUGAGCGUUCUAUUAAGCUGUUGUUUGAAACGCGUGAUAUAAGUCAUAUCAAGCAGUAUGUGCAAAAUCAAUGCAUGAAGUUAUUAGAAGGGAAAGCCAGCAUGCAGGACUUCAUAUUUGCAAAAGAGUACAGAGGACUUUCUGCAUACAGACCUGGAGCCUGUGUACCAGCUCUAGAAAUCACAAGGAGGAUGCUAGCCUAUGACCGCCGAUCGGAACCACGAGUUGGUGAAAGAGUACCAUAUGUCAUUGUGUAUGGCAUGCCAGGAUUGCCUCUAAUACAGUUGGUUAGGCGGCCCAUUGAGGUUCUACAGGAUCCUAACCUGCGCCUGAAUGCCACUUACUACAUCACCAAGCAGAUUCUUCCUCCAUUGGCUAGAAUCUUGUCACUUAUUGGCAUAGAUGUUUUCAGUUGGUAUCAUGAACUACCAAGGAUUCAGAAAGCUGCCAGCAUGUCCCGCACUGAACACGACAGCAGAAAAGGGACAAUAUCCCAAUAUUUCACCACUUUGCAUUGUCCUGUAUGUGAUGAAUUGACACAGCAUGGGAUUUGUAGUAAAUGUAGGAGUCAGCCACAACGUGCAGUGGUGAUUCUUAAUCAAGAAAUUCGAGAACUGGAGCUUAAACAUGAACAGCUGGUGAAGAUCUGCAGGAAUUGUACAGGUUGCUUGGAUCGGCAGGUACCGUGUGUUUCAUUGAACUGUCCAGUACUUUUCAAGGUCUCCAGAGUGAGCAGAGACUUAUCAAAGGCACCAUAUCUUCGCCAGCUACUUGAUCAGUUUUAGAUAACCUGUAUUGCAGGAUUCCAGGUGCUAUUUUUUUUCAGUGUUUACCACUCUGAUACUAUCAUGCAUGGUCCUUCAAUUUCAUCUUGUUCAGGAUUUUCAUUGUUGACUUAUUUUGAAAAAAUAAUGAAUGUUUGUCCUAAGUAAAUUAAAUACAUUUCUUCAUCUGUUAAUAACUCUUUUUAAGAUGUCAGUUUUCUUCUAUCUUCUGCCUUUUUAAUGCAGAUAUUGGAAUAACUGUAUGUUAACAUCUUGUAAAUUCAUUUCAGAAAAAACAUUUACUUCUCAAUGGACUUCCAAGUACUGAAAUCCAUUGGGAAAAUUGUGUUUUAUUAAACUGUCAGUAACAGGAUGUGUGACUUAUAGAUAUCUCAUCUACUUUAUAAUUUUGUCUGAAGAAUAUUUUGUAAAUACACUUUUUUACUUUUCAAACAACAGUAAAAAUAAUGUGCAAUGAAUUUUAUACUGACACUUUUAAAGUUUGUUGGGAUAUUUCCUCUUCAGUUUUGCUUGACUCCAGGUAGACUUGUUGUUUUUUGACCAGACUGUGCAAACAGUAGUAUGUGUAGCAUUUUUGAAGCAUUUUCUAAAAACCACUGUCUUGCUUUAGUUAUGAAUUGGGGCAUUGUGAGGAACUGUGCAAAGACAUUUGUUAUAAAACUGUGGGACUGUUGCAAUACUUUAAAUAAGAAAUUUUAUUCCAUUUUUGCUUUUGUAUAGACAUUUCUAUUGCUUCUAAAUAUGCUUAAUAUUCCAUGUACUGUACAGUUAAAAUUUAUUUGCCAUCAUCUUGAGAAAAUGUGUAUUUAGGAUAUUUGUAUAACUGUAUAAAAUAAAAAGGAAUUAUGUGGUCAUGAUUCAUUUUUUUAAAAUCGGAAAUCAUUUUGUUUUAAAAAAUUAAUGGAAAUCAUAGUAAAAUUGAAUAAAAUCAAAUAAAUGUUCAUUUCUAA